CAUCAGUGACACUAGUGAAGAUUCAUUUAUAACCUAGAAAAAUCAAAGAAAUACAUCGUACUACACGAAAACUAUUGCAAUAAUAUUAUUUAAAAAUAUUAAAUUGGUGUUAACAGUUCCUUUAAAAUAUGACGAUCGUAGAAUAUGUGACUUCGCUAGCCCAAAACCCUUAUUUCGGGGCGGGUUUCGGAUUGUUCGGCGUUGGAGCGAGUGCUGCAAUUUUACGGAAAGGAUUUCAAACCUCUAUGAUAUUAUUUCGACGGCACUGCAUGAUCACACUUGAAGUUCCAUGUAGAGACAAGUCUUACCAAUGGUUACUACAGUGGAUAACUCAGAAAGGCGCCAAACAGACGCAACAUUUAAGUGUAGAAACUUCUUUCCUUCAGAAGGACACCGGACAAAUCAAAACUAAAUACGACUUUAUUCCCAGUGUAGGUCAGCAUUUUUUCAGAUAUCGUGGAGCCUGGAUCAAAGUAGACCGCACCAGGGAACAACAUACUCUGGAUUUGCAUAUGGGUGUUCCAUGGGAAACGGUCACCUUGACAUCCUUUGGCAGCAAUAAGCAGCUUUAUUAUGACAUUCUUGAAGAAGCUCGGACAAUGGCACUGAAGCAGCAUGAAGGCAUGACCAUCAUGUACACAGCAAUGGGGGCCGAGUGGAGACCAUUCGGGCACCCGCGACGCAGGCGCCCUUUGCACAGUGUAGUUUUGCGCGCGGGCUUGACAGACAGAAUCCUGGAGGAUUGUCUGGACUUCAUCAACCAUCCACAAUGGUAUACGGAAAGAGGGAUACCUUACAGAAGAGGUUACCUGUUGUAUGGCCCACCUGGUUGUGGAAAGUCAUCAUUCAUUAUGGCCUUAGCUGGAGAAUUAGAGUAUAACAUCUGUGUACUUAAUCUAUCUGAGAGGGGCCUUACCGAUGACAGACUAAACCACCUACUUAGCGUAGCCCCACAACAGUCGAUAAUCCUACUGGAAGACAUCGACGCAGCAUUCGUGUCGCGCGAGGACACGCCCUCACAGAAGGCGGCGUACGACGGCCUCAACCGCGUCACCUUCAGCGGGCUGCUCAACUGUCUGGAUGGCGUUGCUUCCACGGAGGCGAGGAUAGUCUUCAUGACCACUAAUUAUUUGGAAAGGUUGGACCCUGCGCUAAUUAGGCCUGGCAGAGUCGACAUGAAAGAGUACGUGGGGUACUGCGACCAGCAACAAGUUGAACUCAUGUUUUUGAGGUUUUACAAAGGAGAUGGGGCUGCAGAGCAUGCGAGGAUUUUUGCCGAGAAUGUGAUGAAAAAUAACAAGAAAGUUAGCCCUGCACAGAUACAAGGCUAUUUUAUGUUCCACAAGCAUUCGCCUCCAACCGAAGUGGUCAAAGAUUUCGACUCGAUUUGGACCCUUGGCUAAAAUAUACCUACCAACUUUAUAAGCUCCAGAAGAUCGAUAUGGACGCUGUUCAAUCCACAGGUCUUAUUGGAAUCGACAGAUUCAACACUACAACACUUUUCAACCUCAUUAGUUAGAAUAGUUAUUUACGAUACAAGUGCGGAAAAGAGGAAAUUCGCUAUUACCUAUUCGCACGUGUAUCGUACAACGUUUUACAGUACAUAUGGCCCUUUAAACUUUCGACAUAUGCACGAAAAGUGCUCUUUUACGCACUAGUGCGAGAAAGUAGCACCAUAUGUACUGUAAAGAUAUUUUCACAUAUCAGGCACAGUUUAUUAGCGUUUAUCAAACUGCCCGUGUAGAUCCCAUUAUAUAGAAGAAAACAAGUAAAGGUGCGGCUACUGCGAACAGGUUGUUCAUACUAGGUGCAACAGGGGCAAAUACCUCAAGUGGCAUUUCUCAUGUAUGUUUAAAUACCAAAAUCAUAUGUUGUUUCAAAUUAAAUAAGGCUUCUCUAUGUACCUAUGUAUAUAUUAUGGCGACUGUACAUACAUUCGACAAAUUUAAUGAUUUAUAAUUUAUCUAGGUAUAAUAGUAGUUUAUGUGACUGCUCAUAAUCAAAGGCAUUAAAAUACGAGUGUGGGUUUAUGAAACGAAUGAAAUGAAACUUCCAGUUACAUACACUGUUAUAUCUACAUUAAUAUCAUAAGCUUCAACAAAAGAAAGUCAUUUUAUACUUACAAACUAAUUAAAUGUCAAAUGG